ACAUCGUGUGGCUCUCUCUCUCUGUUUGUAAACAGAAGCUCCUAGUGCAGGUGUUUCUUUCUCGUGCGUGGCGCCGUCCGAAUGCCUUCUGUUAGUGUUAAAGAUUGUGGACAAUCGCAUUCCAUUAAUCUGUCACUUUCCAGCACUUGAAAAACUUUCACAUCGACGACGCAAUUUUUGUUUUCCUUUUGUUUUAAUUAUUUAAUUUUAAUUUGAUUAUUUGUAUUAUUUUUCAUAACAAAAUAAUGGCGAAUCAUAAAUUGCAUUUCGGUGGAGUGGAUAAUUUAGCAUGGGUCAAUGAUGAAGACGAAACGAAUUCAAGUUCGAAAGAGAUUCGACCUCAUUCGAAAAUUGGAAUGACGGUGAGCUCACCGCCGGCGCUGCGCAUCAUCGAACAGUCGGGAUCGUUGAAGAAGAUCGCCGAUCAUCCGAACGACGCGCCUUUAUCGAACGAAGACAACAAUCAGCUGAUAGAUUUCGAUGAUGUCCUGCCUCACGUCGGCGAGUUUGGAACAUAUCAAAUCGUCCUGUUCUUUCUGACUGCUCCGUUCUGCUUUUUCCUGGCCUUUGCCUACUUCAGCCAGGUGUUUAUCACGCUCAUCGACGUUCACACCUGUCACGUCCCGCAGCUCAAUCAAUCAGGUCUCAACCUGACUCAAAAGAGAGAAAUUAGCAUCCCACUGGUGACGCAGACCGUGUUGGGCGGACCCCCCGCCUUCGAUAGUUGCACGAUGUACGAUGUCGAUUAUGACUUAGUCCUGCGUGAGGGAUUGGUACCGAACGGGACAUGGCCGACGACCCCGUGCCGAUAUGGAUGGGAUUACGACCUGGAACAAAUCCGUUAUCAUUCAGCCGUCACAGAGAACAAUUGGGUGUGUGACAAGACCGGUCACGCUCCAUUUGCACAGGCCGUCUUCUUUCUGGGGAGCAUCAUCGGUGGCAUCGUCCUCGGUUACAUCGCCGAUCGUUUCGGCCGCAUUCCUGCCCUCAUCUUGUGCAACUUGAUCGGCGCAUUGGCCGGCAUCAUAACGGCCGUCUCCAACAGUUUCGGCUUGUUCGCCUUUUCCCGUUUCCUGAUGGGCAUCGCCUUCGACAACGCGUUCACGCUCAUGUACAUUCUCGUGCUGGAAUACGUGGGACCCACUUACCGGACUCUGGUGGCUAAUUUGUCUAUCGCCUUGUUCUACACGGCUGGUACGACCUUAUUGCCCUGGAUCGCUUGGGCCAUCAGCGAUUGGCGAAUGUUGAGUUUGGCAACAGCCCUUCCAAUGGCCACUGUCGUCAUCGCUUACUGGAUCGUUCCCGAAAGUGCAAGGUGGUUGCUAUCUCAAGGGCAAGCGGACCGGGCCAUAUCCAUAUUGAGGACCUUCGCUCGCAUCAACAAGAAGCAGGUCGACGAGAGUGUCUACAAACAGCUCAAGACUUCAACUGAAGAGGCUAUUCAGGCCAGCUCGAACGAGCCCGCACAAACGGUACUCGAUUUACUCCGGACGCCUCGGCUCAGACGGAACACCAUCCUGCUGACGUUGCUCUGGGCCUUGAUUGCCGUCGUGUACGAUGGUCACGCCCGCAACACGGCCAAUUUAGGAUUGAGCGUCUUUCUGACGUUCAGCGUGGCGUCCGUCACGGAACUUCCAGCCGAUUUGGUCCUGGUUUUCUUCCUGGACCGCUGGGGUCGCCGAGCAUUGGCCUUCGGAUCUCUCCUCUUUGCGGCCAUUUUCAGUUUGGCCACUUUGGCCGUACCCAAUAAUCAAGCUGUUACGACGGCCGUUUUGGCCAUCAUUGGCCGUUUUUGCGUCAACAUCACUUUCAACAUCGGCUUGCAAUAUGGCGCCGAACUGAUACCGACGUCCGUUCGUGCCCAGGGCAUUGCUUACGUUCACAUUGCUGGAUACGUUGCGGCCAUUGUUUCACCCUACAUCGUUGAUCUCGCUCGAAUUAGUCCGAUGUUGCCACUUACCAUUCUCGGAUUGCUGGCCCUGAUCGGUGCUGUCGUUGGGCUCAUGUUGCCCGAAACGCUGGGCGCCGUUCUGCCGGAGACGAUCGAGGAUGGUGAAAACUUUGGCAAAGAUCAAAGUUUCUGGGAUUUCCCUUGUUGUCAACGACCAGUGGAGAUCACACCUGAUUCAAGUUCGAUUGGCGAAUCACCUGCUGCCACCACCGAUACGACGGCGAUUAGUCCCAGGUUUGUCCGCGCACCUGCCCAUCGUGUUAAUUCAUUAAGGGCUUCCAUCCGAGGCGAAGGCUUCCGGUCCAGUUUGUUGGCACGUCAACGACGUCAAACGCACAACGUGAACGAGAAGGAGCCCGUCAGACAAACGACAUCGUUAUCGACCGACAAGCGAGCGUUAACUUCACACGCAAAGCCCUGAGUGUGUGUCAACUGGAACAAAACGAAAUCCAUUGGUUUUGUAUUAUCGAUUUUAAUUUUUUUUUUAGAAUUUUUUUUUUUUACAAUCGUAUUAAAUCGUUAUGGUGCAAUAAGGUGCGUGUGUCAUCAGGUGGGAGGAUGGAUAUGAUGUUUAAAAAAACAAAAGAAAAACGUUUUCUUACACACCAAGGGCAAACAAAUAAGCGCGUUCAUAAUAAGACAAUGUGCCUGCUGUGAUGUUCUUCAAAUUAAAAUUGGAAGGCGGGGGAUUAACAUUUUCUCAUGGUAGUAUACAGUAUAUAUAUAUAUAUAUAUAUAAAUGUACGUCUGUUGUGUGUGUAUGUGUGUGUACGUCGUGUUGUGCGUGUGUGUUGUGGCUUUUCCUUAAACCAGGGUUAUUUUGACGGAUGCAGAAGUGCUGGCCAUCCGUCCGUUGUUAUUGAGAGCUUUCAUCGGAGUCGCUUCAUUGUCUUCCUCAUCGUCCUGCGCCGAACUCGCUCCUACACCGGAGCUCUUUUGAUCGCUACUGUCCUUGUUUUUGUGUUGUGUCGGUCGGUAAUACACGGAGAAUA